AAUGGCAUGGCGUGUCGCAACCAUGGCCGGCCUCCUGCUACUCUUCCGGCGGCCGGACAGUCGAGCAUUCACGAGAUGGCGGCCGAGAGGAUCCGUGAGGCAGCUGUCCACCAGCCGCCCUGCGCUGAGGUUCCGGAGCUUCGCCGUUGGCCUGGAGAAGGUGUCUGCUGAAAAGGGGGACGGCUCGAAGCUCCGGAAGCUGCGACACCUCGAGGACGUCUUCAACUCGGUGGGCAAAGGAGACUUGCAGGAGAUGAAGGUGGCGCUCAAGCUGCUUCUGGGUCGCCUACCUCGGCUCCAGGUGGGCGGCGCGGUGCUUUUGGCAGCGGCAGAUGAGAUGGGCCUUGCGAGGAAAUCCCCCAAGGAGACCUUGGAGCGGUGGAUCAGCGAGGGCCAGGUGGCCGACAUCGGCGAAGGCUGGCAGAGGCUCUUGGAAGAGGAGAAGCUGCGGGAAACAGAUUGGACGCUGCAGGAAGUUUGGGACGCCUUGGGGGAGAUGGCGCGGCUGAAAUCCACCGGCGCCCAGUUGGCGCGCGCCCAGCUGGCCGCGCAGCUGGCGCUGGGCUGCGGCAGCUUUCCGGCGGGGGGCAAGUACAUCGCGCGGAUCCUGCUGGGCCAGGGCCUGGGCAUCGGGGCCUCGGGGAAGACGGUGGCCCUGGCCUUUGCGCGGCAGAGGCGGGUGCCCAACGGCGAGCGCCUGCUGGACAUGCUGGAAGUGAACCCAGACAUCGACGUCAUCGUGGAUAAGCUGAGCAGCGGAGAUUUCUUGGAGUCCCAACUCUUCUCGCCGAUCUCCCCGCAGCAAGCGCAGCCUGCGCGCAGUGUCGAGGAGGUUCAGAAGAAGAUGAAAGAGACGAAGGGCGGCUGGACGGCAGAGUGGAAGUACGACGGGGAGCGCCUGCAGAUCCACUUUGCCAGAUCCGAGAAGAUGAUGCUCUUCUCGCGGAAUCUGAAAACUGUCACGGAGCGGUACCCGCAGAUCGAGGAAGCGCUGGAAGAGCAGCAGCUGGAGAGCAUUAUCCUGGAUGCGGAGGUCGUGGCCGUGGAUGGAGACAGGAUCCUGCCCUUCCAGAUCCUUUCCCGCAGGCCGCGCAAAGCCACCGACCAGGACGACAGUUCUGCUGUGGCCAUCUAUGCCUUUGACUGCCUUUUCCUAAAUGGCGAGUCUUUGCUGCCGCUGAGCCUCCGUGAGAGGCAACAGAAGAUGCGCGAGGUGCUGGAGGAGAAAGGCAUGUUGAAGCUGGCGCAAGGGCGGCAAUUGAUGGAGGAAGGAGACCUGCAGCAAGCGCUGGAGGACUCCAUCGCGGCUUCCACCGAGGGUCUCAUGCUGAAGAGUCUCAGCGCUCGCUACAAGCCCGGGGCGCGGACGAGAGAGUGGAUGAAGCUGAAGAAGGACUACCUGGAUAGCAGCCUCAGCGACUCCAUCGACGCGGUGGUGGUGGGAGUGAAGCGCGGCCAGGGGCAACGCAGCCAGUACUACGGCUCCUACCUGCUCGCCGUGAGGAAGAGCACCCGGAAGCCCGCAAAGUACCAGACGAUUUGUGCUGUGGGUGGCCUCACCAACGAGAAGCUGGCGGAGUACUAUACGCAGUGCGAGCGCUUGGUGGGACGAGACGCCGAAAGCGCACCAAAGUUUUUGGAGACCUCUUCAGCGAUGUCUGAGUGGCUUUGGAUCCAGGACAUCUCCAAGGCGCCGGUGAUGGAAAUCACCGGCGCAGACCUGACGCUAUCCCAAACGCAUUCCUGCGCCAAGGGCGAUGUGGGAGAGGAGGACAGGGGCAUCGGGCUCCGAUUCCCGCGCGUGGUGCGCGCGCGCCCGGACAAGGGCGCAGAGCAAGCGACUACCGCGGCGCAGAUCAAGGACAUGUACCUGAACCAACCCUCGGUGCAGAGCGCCACAGGUGCGCGGACAGCGAAGGCAAAGAAGGCGAAGAGCAAAAGCUGCAAUCUGGGCUUCCGAAGGUGGCGCUUUUCCAAGAUGAAGAAAGUGAAGCUGGAGAUCCUCCAAGCAGCCCUCGACCAGGUGGACGCUGGGGCCAUGGUUCGCAGACACCGAUCAGAAGAGGUGCACGUGGCCUACGGGGGGGACUUGGACGUCCUCGAAGGGCUGAAGGCAUCGAUCAGCUCCUGCGUGGAGGCCUCCAAGAAGCCCGCCAAGCUGGUGAUCCACGUCAUGGCACAGAAGAAGCACAUGGCCCAGUUUCGGCACGAGUUGGGCCUGACUGAACAUGAGCGGGUGACGAAGAGCGGAGCAAGGAUCAAGCUGCACCAAAUCCCAGAAAAGAUCCUCCAGCUGGACACGGGGACCAUCUCAGAUGAAGUGGAAAAGCAGAGGGGGCAGCUGGAUGACCCAGAGGUCUACGCACGGAUCUACAUGGAUGAAAUUCUGCAGCUGACGGGUAUCGUGGUGUGGCUGGACGCGGACACCAUUGUCCAGCGAGAUGUCGGGGAGCUUUGCGAGAAGCUGCGACAAUCUGGGAAGACCGUUGGCUUCGUAGACCGUGAGAUGCGGAUGUUUCCAGGCUUCUUGACGGGGAAGUGCUACAACCAUUUGGGCAUCAGCUGGGAGAAGCUGAAGGACCUCACGGCCUACAACACCGGGGUCUACGUGGCCAACUUGGAGCGCUGGAAGAGGACCAAGGCGGCGGAGCGGUUCCAAGAGCUCGUGCGGGCGCACAACAGCUGCCCGGGGGGCAUUUGGAAGGGCGGGUCCCAGCCGCCUCUGACCCUCACCUUCCAGCUGCACCCAGAGGACUCCGAGGAGGACUUCACCCUCUUUGAGGAAAGCUGGAACACGGAUGGACUGGGGCUCGGGCACGGGCUGAGCGAGUCGGACUUGAAGCAGAAGUUUGUGCUGCACUGGAGCGGUUUGCACAAGCCCUGGAAGCAGAACGGCAACUACCGGGACUACUGGCGCUUCCGCUUUCCUGGCUGCGAAGGCGAGUCGGACCCCCAGGGCUUCUGCGUGGGCCGGGCCCACCGGCCCUCGGAGCGCCAGUUCGUGGCGGAGGUCUUAGCCAGGUGGCCCUCCUUCAGACCUUUGCAUCUCCACUCCCGACGCGUCUUCCGGCACGGGCUGACGCUGCCCGGAGACCCGGAGACCCGGCUUCAGCGAGGGGGGCUGCUCGGGGUGCAGGUCGGGCGUCGGGUCGAGUCUGUUUUUCCGGCUCUGGAGGCGAAGCGAGCCGAUCAGGUGACCACCGAGUUCCCCUGGAAGCGCUGGGGCCUGGACACGCGCCGCAAGGAGGAUGGGGACCUGGAGGCGCUGCGCAGCUUCACCCGGCGCGCCCAUCAGCUGCUGGCGCGGCAGCAGCACAAGGCCGUUACACGCCAUCGCAGCGUGAAGCAGGCCAGCGCCCAUGGCGCCGAAAGCCUCGGCUUGGCCCUCGCGGAGGCCGAGGAGCUGGAGGAGAUCUUGCGCCAGCACAGCCAGAGCUGUGGACACGAGGGGCCCGUCCGUCCAGAAAGCCGGCGGAGCGAGCGGGCGGAAGAGUUGCUCUUCAGAUGGGACAAGGAGGAGCAAGCGGCGCGACAAGAGCUGGCCGGGCUGAAGAGCAGCAUGGCGCAGGCGGCAGCGGAUUUGCGCUCAGGGCUUCGGCGCCUGAGUUGGGACGAGGAGGACAUCUUGGCCUCUGUGAUCCCGGAGCUUGCCCAAACCUGCGCCGACGCUCUGGAGGAGGCCCUUUCCAGCGACGCCGGGGGCAGCACUGCCACCGACGCCUCCGGCGCCGCGUCGCCGCAUGAGUCUUCGGAGGACUGGGCCGGGGCAGAGGCCCGUCUCUUCGAGACCUUGGCACAGACCACCACGGGGAAGCUUGCGGGCGGCGUGGAGGCGACGGGCGGCUUCGAGGAGGAGCCGGCGCUGCAGAAGCUCCUGGAGAGGAUCGAGGACCUGAGCCGCCGCAUCCAGGCGGAGGCCUCCAACUCCGACGUGGCGUCGGAGUCGGAGCUGGGGCUACCAGAGCUCGAGCGGCAGGUGCAGCGCCUGAUGGAGGAGAACCAAGCACUGGAGGAAGACUUGGCCCGCAGCAGAGAGGCGAUGUCUCUGCCUUCGGAACCACGCCUGACGCAAAGCAGCAGGCGGGUUUUGUUGGACCUGCGGAAGGAGCUCGCGGAUGGCUACGAGGCUCUCGCCUUCCUGUCGCUCGCCUCAGAGGGCCUGCCCUUGCCGCGGAAGGGUCCGGGCCCCGGGAAGAAGUCCCGAGCCUCCCUCGUGGCAGCCAUGCUGCCAUGGAAGCCGCAGCUGGGGAAGCUGCAGGCCUGGGCAUCGCUUCCGCGCGCGCCCAGCGGGUCGCUACUCUCCCCGGGGCCAGCUUUGGCCCGGGUUUCGCCGGUGGCUUCGCCGGCUUCGGGGCGCGGGCUACGAGGCCUCCUCGCGCCGGCCUUGGCCCUCGGAGCGGAGAAAGGACGGAGGUGCGGGCGUGGGCGCCACACGUUGAAGGCCUCGGAGCCUGAAGAGGCGGAGGCCGAGGUCUUCGGGGGGAAGUUGGAGGCGGAGGUCUUGGCCGCGGUGGAGGUGGUGCAGCAAGCGCUGCUGUUAGUGCAAGCUCUUGCCUGCGACAUGGAGGUGGCGCCCGCCUCGGCGGGCAAAGAGCUGGAGGCGUGCUACGUGACCGCCGGGGUGGCUGUGAAGGAAGGUGACUCGACCCCAGUCACGGCGGCGGACUACGCGAUCCAGGGCCUCGUGUCUGCGACGUUGAAGCGGCUGUUCCCCUCAGAUCGGUUCAUGGGCGAGGAGGAUGCCACCGAUCUGCGGGAGGACCCGGACCUUUGCGAGAUGGCCUUGGAUUUGUGCACCAAGUUCGGCGGGCCCAUGAGCCGCGAUAUCUUCUUGGCUGCGGUGGAUGCGGGGGUGGAGACGGACAAGGGCCAGCGCCGUGUGUGGGUGCUGGACCCCAUUGACGGGACCAAGGGCUUCGUGACGGGGGAGGGCUACGUGAUCGGCUUGGCGUUGCUGGUGGAUGGGGAGCCCAUCGUCGGCGUCAUGGGCUACCCAAACGCAACUACCACGCCGCCGAUCAUGGCAGCAGUGAAGGGCUGUGGCCUGCGCUGGUGGCCCAGCGAUGGGCCCAUGGCUCGCGUCGAGCCAUCUGAGCCCGAGUGGUCCGCAGGCCUGAGCUCCGCCUCUGACGAAGCGGAAGAGUGGCAAGGCGACUUUCCACCGUGGCUGGUGUCCCCGCAACUGGCUGGAGAGGAGUGCAGGCCAUUCGGCGAUGGCCCAUCUUCCCAUUUGUGCUGCGGCUCCAUGAUCAAGUAUUUCGCUGUAGCGGCCGGGAGCCAUUGCGGUUAUGUCCAGUAUGAGGAAGACCUGAAGACCUGGGACCAUGCCUGCGGCGUGAUCUGCGUGCAAGAGUCCGGGGGGGAAGUCACGGAUGGUGCUUCCAGACCAGUCCGCUUUCCUGGCCGCAGAUUUCGGGUCUACGGGGGCAUCGUGUCUUGCUCGCGAUGGACACCGCCAGCCAUCCGGCAUCGCCUGCGGAAGGCUGCAGCUGGAAAUGCGAAGGUGGGCU